AGAGGAAAGAAAAAGGGAGCGAACAAUUGAAAUUUUUUGCUUAGUGAUUGUCUAGGCGAGAAAUAGCUAAGAGCUUCUGCGGCAGAGCCACGAAAAAUACGCACCGAGGCGGAGUAAUAUGAGUAAUGCAGCCAACCAGAAUGGAUCAGGUCUAGAGCAGCAGUUAGCUGGUCUGGACUUGCAGGGCUCCCGCCAGCCAAGUGGGGGUCGCUACGUGCCACCGCAUCUGCGAAAUAAGUCUGGAAGUAACGCGCCUUCUGGCGGGGAUCAUCAUUCUUCUUCCAACACAAGACCAUAUUCUGAAAGAGACAGAGGAGGUGAACGUGAUCGUGAAAGGGAUAGGGAUAGGGAUCGUGAAAGGGGUAGAGGAGGUGGUUCUGGAUAUAGAGAUACACGUUCUCGCGAUGUCGAUUUUGGAAAUUUCGGGAAUUUUGGUGGCCGCAAUAGACGCAGCACUAAUCAAGAAAAUGGAAGAGAUUUUAGAUACCCCACUGCUGAACGUGAACGAGAACGGGAGCGCACGAUUAGCUCCGGAAAUGAUCGUUGGCAAGAACAACCUAGAAACGAUCGCUGGCAAGAGACUAGAAACGAUCACAGAAUGGGUGGUAGAUGGAAGGAUGAAAGAGAGGGGGGAGGAGGCAGAAGAAAUUCUGAGAUUGAUUGGACAAUUCCCACUUCCAGAGACGAACGGCUGGAGGUGGAAUUAUUUGGUACUGGGAAUACUGGUAUUAACUUUAGUAAAUAUGAGGAUAUCCCAGUUGAGGCUACUGGAGAUAACAUACCUCCGCACAUCACAUCUUUUGAUGAGGUUAAGCUGACGGAGAUAAUAAAGAAUAGCAUUACUUUGGCUGGUUAUGAUAAACCUACACCAGUACAGAAAUACGCGAUACCGAUUAUUAUCGGGCGUCGCGAUGUUAUGGCCUGCGCCCAAACAGGGUCCGGUAAAACAGCGGCCUUUUUAGUGCCAAUAUUAAAUCAGAUUUAUGAAAGCGGGCCACGUCCACCGCCACAACAUGUUAAUGCCUCUGGCAAGCGUAAACAGUACCCACUAGGUCUAGUAUUAGCACCUACGAGAGAGCUGGCCACUCAAAUAUAUGAUGAAGCACGAAAAUUUGCAUACAGAUCACGUAUGCGUCCUGCUGUUGUUUAUGGUGGUUCAAACAUUGUUGAUCAAAUGCGAGAAUUAGAUCGUGGCUGCCAUCUUCUUGUAGCAACACCUGGUCGCCUCGUGGAUAUGUUGGGGCGGGGUAAAAUCGGUUUACAUAAUUGUCGAUAUUUAGUCUUGGAUGAAGCCGAUCGUAUGUUGGAUAUGGGUUUUGAACCACAGAUAAGACGUAUAGUUCAAGAGGAUACAAUGCCUCCUACUGGGGAAAGACAAACUCUCAUGUUUUCAGCCACAUUCCCAAAAGAAAUUCAAAUGUUGGCUAGAGAUUUCCUCAGUAACUACAUCUUUUUAGCUGUAGGCCGUGUUGGUUCUACAUCUGAGAAUAUCACCCAAAAAAUUGUUUGGGUGGAAGAACAUGAUAAGCGUUCUUAUUUACUUGAUCUUCUUCAAUCUAGUAAAUUCUCAGAUCCAUCAGAAUCAUUGACUUUGGUGUUUGUGGAAACAAAGAAGGGUGCAGAUAUGUUAGAAGAAUUUUUGCAUCAUGAAGGAUAUCCAGUCACCAGUAUUCAUGGUGAUCGAACACAGCGUGAACGAGAAGAAGCUUUACGUCGUUUCCGUGCUGGUAAAGCACCUAUACUUGUUGCUACUGCUGUUGCUGCCCGUGGACUUGAUAUUCCACAUGUUAAACAUGUGAUAAACUUCGAUUUACCUGGAGAUGUAGAAGAAUACGUCCAUCGAAUUGGUCGUACUGGUCGCAUGGGAAAUUUAGGUCUAGCAACAUCAUUCUUCAACAAUAAGAACCAUAACUUAGUACGUGAUUUGGUAUCUCUUCUGAUUGAGGCUAAUCAAGUACUCCCACCAUGGUUAGACGACAUGUUCUCUGAAGCAAGAUAUUCUGGAGGUGGAUCUCGUCGAACUGGCACCACUAAAGGCCGAUUUAGCGGAUUUGGUGCAAGAGAUUAUCGCCAGCAACCUAGUUCCGGAUCUGCCCGUAACAAUGGUUCCUCCAAUAGGCCUGGAAGUUACGGAGGAAAUUACGGAAAUUACGGAGGUAAUUAUAAUAGUUCGUCGUAUAGUAAUUCUGCUAACAACGUCAACAGUAACGAUCCUGAUUGGUGGGACAAGUAAAUCGUUAUCACCGUUUCUAUUUCCACUUUUACCAUUAUUACUACCGUACACGUAAAUUCAAAUAUAUGUAAGAAAGACACGUACGACAUACACAUCGGAUACAACACGCACGCAUUUGCGCGCGCGUAUACGUAUACACAAGAAAAGACAGUAUCACGUAUAGACACAUCACGUUCGCUGACUGCCUGUGCACUACAAUUUUCAUUCUAAAAAAAAGUAAUUGUGUUUAUUCAAUUCCAUAAAUACUUUUAUUCGCGUGCGACGAACCAUAAUUGGCAAAUCCUAAGUACAAUUCCAACAUCAAUAACUGCGAAAGGAAAUUAUUGUACGAUGUGGAAGAUGGUGAUCUCAUUCUGAAGAGUUCUAAUCAGGAUUUGUCAAAUGCUAAGAAAGGUAUAAGAUCCUAUCAAGGUUUCGUUGUCGUGCGUGUUGAAGAAUACAAGUAGUAUAAUCAUUAAUGAAUCAAAUCGAGCAAUCGUUAAUGUCUAAAUAAGACAUAACGGUAUGACACAUAGUAGGUGAAGAAACUUAGUGAAAUUUUUUAGAACUCCUGUCAAGACUAUGGGGCUCGUUGUGGCUUCAUGAUUUAAAUUUUUGAAAGACGUGGUGGGCGUAUCUUCGAGAAGUGUGGCGUGUAAAUUCGAGUAAUCAUAGAGCUUUAAAUGCACAAGUGCUUUAUUAUUCUCGCCUGAAUGGCCAGUAACUUGUGUAGUUUGAGUUAAACCAAUGGCGCCAUUUCUUUCUCUUUUAUUUUUUUUUCUUUUUGUUUUAACGUGUAUGUCUGACUAAGCGCCUAAGAUACGCCGUAUCGCCAUCGCCAUAGAUUUCUUGACGAUUCCUGUUUUAAAUUUACUAUAGUCCAGCGACGAAUGGUACUUUGUUGUUUUGCCGUCCCCAGACAAAGACGACGUUGCGCCGGCAAUAUCAUGGUUUAAUCGACUAAAUCGUGUAAAGUUUCUAGUAGUCGAAAGCUUUGAUAUUAUGAACAGGAUACAGGCUGCGUCUUGAGAUACUUUUAGAAAUCCCGCUUAUAUUUUUGUUAGAUCCCGUUGAUAUAUAUAAGUAAAUUUUAAAGUUCAAUGCUGUAAAGUUGUUGCUUCUGUAACCCAUGAUUUAAAAGAGCUUGUUUUAUUUAAACGUUUGGUCAUCGCAGUUAGGGUAGGCUGAAACAUUUCACCACACUGUCAGGUAUAUUUGUACCUGAAUUUUAACGUUCUCUAAUUAGAAUUUCUAAACGUAACAAAGACGUUGUCCUGUGAAAAUGGUACGGUGCGUUAUAAAAAAAAUCUCAGAUCGCAAUACUGGAUGCGAGUGCUCUAGAACGAGAAAGCUUACAUUUUAAAAAGUGAGUAAAAAUACGGUUGCAGUUACAGAGGAGGAACUUUAAAAGAGAUAAAAACAUAAAGAGCGAAAAAACAUGCGUUGUUAGUUGGCUCAACUUUACAAGAUGAAAAAAAAAAAAAAACAAGAAAAUGUAUACAAAAGCAAGCCCUUUGAAAUAAGGAGGCAUAAG